AUUAUAUAUUUUCUUGGUCAUGUUCUGUCAUGGUCAUAUAACUUCUUUUUUUUAGGUUUGUGCAAAUUUUAACUGCACUGUUAUAAAGGUUGUGUAAAGAUUUGCUGAUGUUCUCUGAUUUAUUUUAUUGUUAGUAGAAUAUCUUUGGGUCGUGGUCUGCUGGUUGGACUUAAACCAGCAAUUCCAAGAGUUGUGGAGUGAUUUUCCUACUGUUUGCUGACAUAACACUUCAAUGAUUGAUUGGAAAAAUAAUUGAUAGAUCUGUCUUGUCUGGCUAAUUAGUAAUGUCAUCAUUGCUGAUACCAAUGCAUUAUUUUGGAUCUGUGCAUAAUUUUUUGACAUUGCAAUCAAUGACUCAUUUAGUUAAGUAAUUUCAUGGUCAUGUUGAGGGAGGACUUUUCUUUUUUAAACCACUGAAAUGUUUGAAGUUUCUCGAAUGACAUGCGUGAUUAAAUUGAGUGGCACUCACAUUACAUAGUAUACCACUGUGCUGUAUGUUAGAAUGUGACCUUACUGGUUUAGAACAGUAAAACAAUACUAUGACCCAUUUUAUUUAAACAUUUACAAGUUUUACUGUGAUAAAAAAGUACUUAUAGUUUUAUGGGAUAGUGUCAGAACUGCAUUUUGGUUUAGGAUCCAGUCUGUUUUGGUUCACCCAACUGUUGGCAGUUACCAUCACAUUCACAAUUCAGUUGUGUAUGAGAAAUAGUCCCUGGUGUAGGAUGUGACGUAACAUAGAAAUCAGAUUCUGUUUCUUUAUUUUCUUUUGCUAAUACUUGCUAGUAUCUGUUGAAACUCAACCCCCCACCCCACUUUGAGAAACUGGUUUAACACACCAAACACUGAUCUGGAACAAACCUGAUCUGAUCUGACUUCAGCUGACUUGUAAUUGAUGUGGUCAUUCACUGAACGAGGAACAUAAGCUCAUCGAUUCACAGCUGAAAGUAUGAUUGGUAUUUUGGCUCUGAUACAUCAGGAGCUAUCAUUUCAUUCUCUCUCUUCAAUCAUGCUGGCACGAUGAGCCAUCCGCCGUUCCUCAGAAAUGGGCUAGUGUUAUUCGGUAUGUAUCUUGAGAUAUGCUGACUACAAGAAUGUGACUGAACUGCACACCGACUGAAUGAGUCAGCUGACCACUUCCUGUGCCUGAGAUCACUAGGUCACAUUUUAGUGCUUGAGGGUGCGAGCUUGUCUGCCAGCUGAGUGUGUCUCAUUGUUUGUUAGAGAACAGUAUCCUCUGUUGUUGAGUGCUACACAGGAAAAAGCAGACUGUAUUUCCCUUGCUUGUGUUUGGAAAGGAAACUGGGAGCAGAUGUAGAUGAGUUUCUUUUUUUUAUUGUUCAUUGCAUGUUUCAUCUUCCACUGGUAGUGUUUUAAAUUCAUGUGCCUGUUUCAGUUGAUAGAGGGGUGUAACCCUCAUGAAAACAGAAUUCACAUCGUUACAGUGACAUCUAGUGGAUCUACAGGGUACUUUGCCUCCAGGCCACAUUUUGCAAGAACAAUAGAGACCCCCCUUUGUGUCCGCUCUCGCCGUCUCUCUCCUCACUGCGGCCCUUCCUCCAUCCCACUCCUUUUGUUUCUCCAUCUCUCUGGACUGUCCUGGCUGAUUUAUCCUCCACGGAGCACCUCAUUCUUCACCAUUCCUCCUGUGUUUAGAUCCCAGCCCCACCGAGAUGAGCGUGGAGCCCUGGGCCAGCCCGCAGGACCAGGCAGCCGCUGAACACGCACACAGCACGCACGCGCUUCCCGCCCAGGAUCAGGAGCAGCACCCCGACAAACUCUGUCUGGACUCCUUUUGGAGUGAGGUGGAGACCAUCCGACAGGGGAGUGGCUACACAGACGUCGACUGCACCAGGAGAGACUCCAGACAAUCAGAAGAGGGUGAACAGGAGGAGCAGUGGUUGGCUGAUGCUGGUUUGUCGACCCUCAUCAGCGAGGACAGUGGAGAUGUAGAAAACGUGGUGCUGCUGUCCACUCUGACUCGGACCCAGGCCGAGGCCGUCCAGCGUCGACUGGAUUCCUAUACGCUGUCCCUCCGCAAGAGGAACAAACCGGCGCCGCGCGACGUUCGCGACAUCUUCAACUCCCCCAUCACUCAGACCCUUCUGCCUGAGUCUCAGCAUAGUGAAGACCUUGGCCAAAACAGCAUGGCUUCAGUUGCCAAAACACCUCUAUCAGCUGUGACACCAGAGCAUCAGCGUGGUGCUCCGAAAGAGGAAUUCUUCAUCACCGAUGUGGCUUACUGCGAACAAGCUGUCAUCUUCCUCAAACAGGCCAAACUGCCGCAGAACAACAGCCAACGCAGGAAAGAGGACGGCACUCUGCCUCGGGUGAUCUGCCCCAAGUGCCGUCUAGGAGUGACUCGUAUCCAAGAUCUCUCCCACACUGACAUGAAGAAGGUGCGUCAGUUGGCUCUCAUCGACAUGACGGCGCUGUGCGACCUCUUAGAGCUCGAGGUCAAAAGACACAAAACCUGCAAGAGAAAAAUCCCAGAGAGCACACUCUUUGGGGUGCAGCUGGCCACGCUGAUGGAGAACGAUCAGAAAAUGAAGCCCACCACCGCGACUCCUCUCUUCCUGCAGGCGUUGUUGUCGUUUUUGGAAAAGAAAGGAGUCGAUUCGGAGGGGAUCCUGCGGGUUCCAGGGUCUCAGUCCAGAAUUAAGAUGCUGCAGCAGAAUCUGGAGACCAACUUCUACUCAGGGCAGGUCAGCUGGGACGAAGUGAGUCCAAACGAUGCUGCUGCACUGCUGAAGAAGUUCAUCCGGGAGCUUCCCGCUCCUUUGCUCACCGCUGAGUACCUCAACACCUUCAGCGCCGUCAGAGACAUCACAGAGCUGAAGCAGAAACUCCACAUGUUGAACCUGCUCAUCCUGCUGCUGCCUGAGCCCAACAGGAACACCCUCAAGGCCCUCCUCGAGUUCCUCAGUAAGGUGGUUUCCAGAGAGAAGAGGAACAGGAUGAAUCUGUGGGCCGUAGCGACCAUCAUGGCUCCCAACCUCUUCCUCCAUAAGGCCGUCCCCAGCAGACUGACAGAGGGGGCAGAGAAAGGACAGGCGGAGAAGGCAGCUGAUGUUAUGAGGCUCCUCAUCCGCUACCAGGACCUGCUUUGGACGAUCCCCAAUUUCCUCAUGAGCCAGGUGCGUAAGCUGAAUGAGAACAGUAACCGGCGUUACCAGUUCUACGAUCGCCGCAUCAAGAACCUGCUGAGGAAGAUCCACACAGACAGCCGGGAAAAACCUGAUAAAAACACCUCAGAGCCGUGCCGUACGGUGAAGGUCCAGGUCGGGGAUCUGCUGAGCGGCACCAUGGAGUUCCAGCUCAACAUCAACUCACGAACCUCAGACCUGCUCGCCCAGUUUCACCGCCAGUUCCUCCGCAGCCCUGAAAAUGGAAAGGGCAAAAUGCGAAGCAGAAACGGCGCUGUGGCAUGUCCAGACUGUGCCCUGUACGAAGUGGGAGGGAAUAUUGGUGAGCACUGUCUGGAUCCCGACACACAUCUCCUGGAUUUGUACAACAGUAACCCUGGAGGGGAGUGGGUCAUCAAGCUGAAACCCAACGCAAGCAGAGGGCUGUGACAUGGAGGCUGUGGACGGAUUGAAGGAUGGACAGAUCUGGGAACAGGUUGCUGAAGAUGACAAAUGCAGAGCCUAAAAAAAGGAUCAAAUCCACACAGCCCUCUCUCCACUUCCUGUCCUGCUUAACCUUCGAGCGACAUGGGAGAGGGAGACAGAUGGAGGAAGCAGAAACACUAAAAAUGCAGAAUCUGCCAGGAGCAGGGCCUAAAAACUGUCUAUGAUCAGAUGAUCACACACACUGCGCUCUUUCUCUUUCUCCUCUAGCUCUCUACAUUUUCUUCUCCCUUAACUCCAUAAUUUCUCUCCGGGCUACGACGCUGAAAGCAAAAAGCUGCUGACGUGACUCAUUAUUUCCGACAGAGAACCUGCUGCAUAGAAAAGAGAGGAGGGAGAGCGGCUGGGCAGUUGGGUUCACCAUCUUUUCCUCUCAAACAAUCAUGUCCAACCAUUAGUGAGCAGAUGGGGAUGCAGAGCACCUCUGGCUAUAGAGAGCCCCUCCCCUUUUCUCCGGCCAGUCAGACAGUGUGUUUUUUCCUACUGUGGGAUUCAUUCAUGAGCCGUUUUUAGAAAAGGUGAAACAUCAUACAGGAGUUUUCUGUGCAUAUUCUUUGCUAAAUUGGUUUCUAAUUCUGCACCAGUCGGUAAAUGUUAAACAUGUUGUUAUUUUAUACAGAAGAAAACAGCGUUUAUUUUUCAUUCUUGUCUUUGGAAACAACAGCUGUCGAGAUUUUGUGAUCGAAACACACGUACAGACUGUUUCUGAAUUUAGGAGUCAAAUGUUCAACAGUAGAAACCUGCUUAUUUAGACUUCUAGAGGAAAAUAUAAUUUUCAAAUUCAGUUGGACUUUACACAUAACUCCGUGUAAUGGUCUCAGCUUUCACUUUCCCUGUCUGCAGAAUUUUGUCCUGCACGUGUGUUUGUAAAAAGCCAGUUAGAAACUUGGUUACCUGUAUACAUGUGUUCUCUAGGAGAUUUCUAAUCAGGUUUAAUUAAUCUGCUACCCUGAUUACAGAAACCAGUUUUCUUGCUUUAACAUUAAAGAAAUCAAUUUACUGGAGACAGCCGACUGCAUACACACUGACUGCAGUAGAAACCCGUCCCACCCCAGCCUAGAAUAUGGACAGAAAACCUUUGCAUCCCAGUUUCUAUGAAUUACUAAUAAUAAUAAAAACAGCAGUGAGAGAAAAUACAUUGAAACCCAAAAGCUAGUGGAACAGAAGUCAACCUGGAAAUGGAGCAGGAACUUACUUACUGGUGGGGACAAUUACUGACUGAUCAAUCAACUAAUCAACUGGCUGAUCUUUCUCGCUCACGCUUUCUCUCCCUCUCCUGCCGGCAUGUCCACUCUGCAGUGCAGACAUUUUGAUCACAAAGUAAACAAAGACGGAAGAUUCCUCUGUAUCGACUCCUUUCAUCGUCUGUGCCAUUCAAAGAGGGAAAGAGACCCCGGUGAACUGAUAUCCCCUUUAUCUGUGAAACCCUGCGAUCUCCUGGGCCUUAUAAAAAAAAAAAAAAAAAUCCAUGGACUUCCAAGGACCCCUGACCUGUACAGAACAGUCCUCAAAGAGACUUUCUGUUUUUUUUUUUAUACCAAGGGAUUUGGUGUCACAACCUCAAGGACAGUUAUUGUACCUCUAAAGGGAGUUGUUAAUGACACACAGUGAAGCUGGUCUUCAGUUUUCAUUUUUAAACACAUGAAUGGAGCCAAAAGUGCUGAAGUGACUCCUUGGGUAUACUGGGAUUAUUAUUAUUUAUAUGAAUGUAAUGCCAUUGUUGCUUCUGUACUUGAUGAGUAUUCUGUAGGCUAGAGAGACUUUAGGAUAAAUGUGGACUUGCUGCACUAAGUGUAACAGUAUGUUGUGUUAAGUCGCCCAUACUCAGUGUGGGAAUUUGCAGUGUUCUUGUACAUAUAUCUUCAUGCUCAGUUGUUUUCUUUUUUUCCCGAUGGAUCUCUUUACAUCUGCUUCUCCUGAACAGUACAGUAAGAUAGAUCUCCUGUGUAGAUAUUGCUCAGUCAUGCACUCUGCUGUGAAGAGGCACUAAAAUCACCGCAGUACGAAGGUUUGUUGUGAUCGUGCUGCUACUCAAAGUCAGUUAAGUUAUUCCAAACACACGCAAGCAGCAAAUGAAUGUGUUUAACAUUUUGUACCGAUCAUCAGAUGUGAAUCAUUUACUCCUCGCAAUCGCAGCCAUGUUGGUGCUCCGCGGCCAUUUUGUGGGAAGUAUCUCGCACACACUCCACUCGAUAGACGGAGUAAUGACAGCCGGCCCGGCACCAACAUCUAUCAACACCCUCUGCUCCAUCUCUGUCACCUCCCCAUAAUGGACUAUAAUGGCAGUGUGGUGCAUGCAUCUGAAACGCACCGAGGAAUCACAUUUCUUUGAUAAAGGAGAAGGUAAUAAAUGGCUGUUAUAAAUUCUGCGGUCCUGGACCUGACGACAGCAGCAGGAGUGUGCAUAUGUGUGUGUGUGUGUGUGUGUGUGUGCAUGUGUGUGAUGAGCUUCAUUACACAAGUCCAAUUGGCCUGUCCCAGGGUCCCAGGCACAGUUCAGUGCCCCGGCACAAAGCGAGCUGAUGAAACUGCCUUCUGCUGACAAUCAGGAGAACUAGGUCACCUCUGAAGCAGCAUCCCAGAGGGCAAGCAGUGUGAGUCCAAACACCCCGAGGAGUAGAGCACAUGGACACGUAUUGUCUAAACACACGACACACACACACGGACAAACUAAAACAGGGGCCGCGAGUUCACACACUACACCAGUUUACUGUUGACUGUUUGUGUUUGUAUAUAUGUGAAUGUGUUUGUGUGUGAGAGAAGGGGUAGAUAUCUCUGAAACAGUGUUAUCUAUAUACGUAAUUACCCAAGACUAAAUGAUGGACAUUUAUGAGGGACACUUGUCCCUUGUCUUGAUCAAAGUGUGGCUGUGGACCUCUUAUUGUCUUCAACAGCGUCCAACUUUUAUUGUGGUGAAGAGUUUAGACGUCAGUCAGCAGACAUCAGAAUGUAUAUUUAUGCCCUUUACACAAGUCGUUGUUUUUAAUACUUCUGUGAAAAUACCUUAGGCUUUGUUGUAGAGAGAAAACAAAUGUUCUUUUUUUAUGUCAAUAAAUGUGAAUCUAAUGUUGUGCUAAA